AGAGAGAGAGAGACGAGCAAGAAGCUGACAAAUUGUCUUUUUGUGGUGUCGGCUGAGCAGUGCGCACGCAGUCCCGGAGCUUGAAGAAAAGAACCAAGAAGACAAAAAGUUGGAUCGUAGCCGGCAGCUGUCAGCAUGUCGGGGAACAACAAGGAGGCCGACGGCGGCUGGAGGAAAUUUGUGUGGAAUUCGGAGAAGAAAGAGUUUCUGGGUCGAACCGGCGGCAGUUGGUUCAAAAUCCUCCUGUUCUAUGUCAUCUUCUACGGAUUCUUGGCCGCCAUCUUCGUGGGGACCAUCCAGGUGAUGCUGCUCACCUUGAGCAACACCAAGCCCACCUACCAGGACCGAGUGGCGCCCCCAGGUCUGUCACACUUCCCACGCUCUGAGAAGUUGGAGAUCUCCUUCAGCAUGAGCGACCCCAAGUCCUACGAGAAGUACGUGGACACCAUGGCCACCUUCCUCAAACUGUACAACGACGACAUCCAGGCCGACACCCAGAAGUUUGAAGACUGUGAAGACGACUCUUCCUACAAGGAGCGCAGCUUGGAGAGUGAGGUGCGCAAAGCCUGCCGCUUCAGGAAGACCAAUCUGGACGUCUGCUCUGGCGAUGUGGACCCCUCCUUCGGCUUCAGCGAGGGGAAGCCGUGCAUCAUCACCAAGCUCAACAGGAUCGUCAACUUCAGGCCCAAACUUCCAUCCACCAAGGAUCUCCCCGAGUCUCUGGCCAACAGAACGCAGCAACCCAACGCCAUCCCCAUCUUCUGCACCAACAAGAAAGAGGAGGACGCGGGCAAGGUGGGUGAGAUCAGCUACCUGGGCUUCGACGGCCACUUCCCUCUGCGCUACUACCCGUACUACGGCAAGCAGCUGCACCCCCAGUACCUGCAGCCCCUGGUGGCCAUCAAGUUCCUCAACCUCACCCUCAACCAGGAGGUGCGCGUGGAGUGCAAGGCGUACGGCGCCAACAUCAAGUACAGCGAGAAGGACCGCUACCAAGGACGCUUUGACAUCAAGCUCACCAUCAAGUCGUGACCUCAGCCCUGAUCAGCGCGCUGGCGCUUUAAACACAACCACAAAAAAAAAAAAAAGCAAGUCCGAUAUAGAACCAAUUGAUAUUAGCGCGGCCACCAUACUCCACUUAAAUCCGUGUGCUUCACUCGUCUGUGCGUCCAGUAGCAAUAGCAACAUAUUUAUUCUACUCUACAUGAACCAGCCAUGGAAAACUGCAAUUCCAUUACUACUGACGUGUUUGUGUCUUGUAAUUUCUCCCGUCUCGUUGGCUUUUAGUGUGCGUGUGUGUUAAAUGUGCUCCCGACUAACUGAAAUACGAGCGUGGUACCCGAGACCUCCUGACAGCAUCAGGUGGACCGUGGAAGGAUCCCAUCACUUCUUUUUUGUAGCUUUCUAGCGGAGUCGACGCGGCCUCUCAAUGUUUUAGCCACGUUCACGGUGGAAGAGUUUUAUAUUUAUGCAGUUGUACAUUUUAUUUGUUGUUUUCAAAUGUUUCAAUCCGAUACCAAAGUGGAAAGAAUAUCCGAGGUGUGAAAAUAAUUCCAUGUUGGGGAGAAAAACAACACUUUGUCAGGAGUCUUCUGGUCACUUUAUUUCAUCUGGCUGAAACAAUAAAAGGUCAAAAAGGU